GAUUGAUCUUUUCUACCAUGUAAUAACAUGGAUGCAAUGAACAACAGCAUCCCUCGUGAGAUCUGCAACUAUUUCCCUAUUUGCAACACGGAUGAUUUGUUUCAUUUUGUAACAAAUUUCAUACUCGGACUGAGCCAUGACAAGUGCAGCCUCUCGUCGAAAAGGAAGAAUCACAGUUGGAGAAUCCAAGAGGAGGCUAAUAUAGCUCUUUUGAGCAUCGUACUUGGGAUUGUUGAGCAUUCUUUGACAGUAGAGCAGGAUGAGUGUAAACCAGUGAUACUUUCCGAAAGCUCCGAUCAGAGACAUUUGAAAUUUAAGCCAGCUUAUGAGUUCCCUCCCGUUGAAUUAGAUGUAGUUCUAUCCUUCUACAGUCAGUUUCAAAAUGUAAUUUUGUCCUUUGUUGAUCUUUCGGAACAUUUUGACCGUUUACCUGCCUUAUCAUCAGCGGGAAAUUUGAAUGUGCAAUCGAAACGCUACAAUACUGUUCGCACAGAGAGCGAAAAAACGUCUGAUUUGGAAAGUCUGAUUGGGGAUUAUUCAGGUGAUCUCAACGAAGCAGACUCAGCAAAUAAUAACCUUGUUCCGAACCCAAAGUUAGUUGUUAAAUCAAAAUCAAAUAUAGUUCCUGCAGUAAAAAAGUUUUGUAGCAAAGAGCUACUGAAAUCAGUGAGCGACGCAAUUUGGGUGAGGCUGCAGAAAUCAUACCAAAAAGACCGCUCUCACCAACAGUCUCUCUUCUCGUUUUUAACCACAUGGAGGCUAGAUUCGUUCGGAGUUGCUGUUUGUGUAGUAGCGGCCGCACAGUUACUGGGAUUGAAUGACGUGCACCUUGCUCUGAGCGAAGAUCACGCGUGGGUCACUUUUGGCGAGAACCAAAAGGAGUCUUCAGAGGUUACCUGGCAUGGAAAGGCAGUUGAAGACAAAAGAGGCGAUCCUAUUACGGAUGUGGUUGCCAGAAAACGGUGGCUGUAUCUUGGAGGCAAAAACGCAAUCAAAUGUGACCGUGCGAGCGAAGUAGCUGCUUGUAUUGCCUCAAUGAGUAUGAACAUGGGGCUUGGGAAUGAUAAAACUGACAGUAGUAUAGUAGCAUUUAUUCAGCAAAAGCUUCUAUGGCAUAUGUACUAUGAAGGUCUCCUUGAUAAUUAUCCCACUUGUAUUGCUCUUUUGGGUGAUUUAGAAGACAUUCAGCCCUACGAGAGCUCAGAUACUUCGCCCCUGGAACUAUAUCAACGUGCAAUACGUUCCUCUGUCGUAUACUAUUCUGAUUCCUUCGUCUAUCCCUAUAUCCAUCUCGGAAAACAUUGCUUAAGGAAAGAAAAGCCAAGAGAGUCGCUAGCAAAUUGGGCGAGAGCGGCAACUGUGAUUGGAAGGUACAAUUAUGACAAGGAGGAGGAAGAAAUUUAUCGAGAGUUUUUCGACAUUGCUACAGUGCAUAUACCUGCUGUAGUGAAGCGUCCCUUGCAGCCUGAUAAACCAGAUCACUUGGUAUGCGAGGAUCCCCUUUCUCUUUGCUACAUAAUUCAGUUCAUAGAUGGAGUCUGUCUUUGGGAGGAGGGCAGCUCAACACCGGUGCUUCACAUUUCAUGGGCAGAAAAAUUUUUGCCUGUGUUGUCCGCAUUUUCAUUUGAAGUGCGAAGACGGGUUGUGUACAUAACAUCUGAAUUCUUGACGGAUACCAAACCGCAAAAUGAGGAUAUGAAGUCUACCAAUUCUUCGGCUUUGGCCUCCCCAAACGUCUUCGACUGUUGCGAGCCCUCAGCUAACCAAGGGCAAUCUCAUAUCCCUGAUUUACAAGCAAUAUUGCAAGAAAUGUCACAAAACAUGUUUUCGCCACUGUGUCAUCUUGGAGCGCCUGACUCGCUAAGCCAGCCUUCAAAUGUGAACAUAUGCAAGGACAGUAACAAGAUAGAACUGAAGAUAUACUCGAAGAAAAUGGCGCUAAUUUCCGAGUUGGUCCACAACGAGAGGUUCAAUCCACACGCGGCAAACUUGCAACUGACGGCGCAAACUUCACAGACAUCGGAACGGAAACGAGUCAGAAGUAACCCCUACAAUGAUUUCACCUUUCUCAGCAAUAAACGCAAAAAGUAGAUAUAUUCGAAAUUUGUGCUAGUUUUAUGUAUUUUGUCUGCAAAAAAAACUAUUUUUAUCUAAUUAUAGAACUUUCAUAUGCUUUGUUCCAAUCCAAUGUUAAUGUUUACUCUGUUCAUUGAACGUUGUGUAGAUAACAA